GAUCGAAAUUCUUCAUCAUUAAUUAAAUAAAAAUAACAGAAAUUCUCCAUCAUCAACUCGUGUCAAAGAACGGAAACAAAUGACAUAAUCUUUAUCUACACACGCGAACAGGUUACCAUAUCUCCUUCGAUCUCCAUCUCGAGCCAAAAUUCUCCUUCAAUGUCCUUAACUCCCCAUCCUGAAUCUGUCUUAAUCUUGUCUAAAAUCAAAGAUACUUCGUUAUCUUAUACUUUUUCAAUAUUAGUACAAAGGAAAUCGAAAAUCCAGAGCUAAACGAACAAUGGGUCCCGAAUCCAGCUUAGCAACAUCAUCAACAUCAACAUCCACGCAUUCCCCAACUGGGAAACGAAGCAGAGAUCCUGAAGAUGAGGUUUACCUUGACAAUCUCCGCUCUCACAAGCGUUUUCUCAGCGAGAUAAUGGCGUCUAGUCUAAAUGGGUUAACUGUUGGCGACUCACUUCCUGAAAAUCUAAUGGAAUCUCCCGCUAGGUCUGAAGGCAUGUUCUAUACCAGGGAUGAAAUGUCAUGGCAAUAUUCUCCAAUGUCAGAAGAUUCAGAUGAUUCAAGAUUUGGUGAGGCACCUAUGAACACAUGCUUAUCCCAUUCUGAUAGCAUGCCUACAAGUCCUGUUUCCCCAUAUAGAUAUCAAAGACCACUAAAUGGUUUCUGCUCAACUUCUUCAACUAGUUCAUACCCUUUGCAUGGGAAUGUUAGUACUGUUUCUUGUUCACAGCCCCGGCAAAGAGGGUCAGAUACAGAGGGUCGGUUCCCAUCUUCACCAAGUGAUAUUUGCCACUCUGCUGACUUAAGGAGGGCAGCACUCUUGCGGUCUGUACAGAUGAGAACACAUCCUUCCGGUCCAUCACCAUUUGAAUUGCCUUUUGGACCAGGCCAAGAGAAUGUGCCUAAUAUUGAAGUUGAGGAACGACCAUGCUCAUUUAUGAAGUCCUUAGUUGAUGAUCAAGAAUAUCAGAUUGAGGAGUGUUCUUUGUUGUGUAACUCAGAUCCUGAGUUCAGUCAAGAGAAAUCUUGCAGAGCGCCAAGCAUGAAUUUGAAAGGGGAUGAUUCUGAGGAUUAGAUGCUUUGAUUGAUAAAAGCCGUCCUGAACAUAUUUGCAAUGCAAGAAUUGGACCUAUUGUUGGAGCAUGUAAUAGACUUCUAUAUUACUUUGAUUCGGGUGUGAUUGUCAAAUGUCCAAUACAGCUAUUUUCAAUUUUUUUUCUAAUUCUUUCCAUGUAUUUAGAGUGUCAUGUUUUCAUAUUCACGUCCAAAUUAUUCUGGACAUGAAAGCUUAUAGAAAAAUGAAGAGUCGGAGCAGCAUAGAUUUUGCAAAAAGCAAGUUGAACUUGAGCAUAUACAUGUAUGGUUGGUUCAUUAUAAACAGCUUCACAUUUGAGUUUGUCAGUUGUUUCUUUGUCGUGCCUUGCACUGAGAAUUGUCUGAACUUUAGAAUUGCAUAAAUUGUUUACUCAGUUACAACUUAAUGAUUUUUCAGGCAAUCA